AUGCCUACAUGGAGUUUAGUUCUGUUUGGAGUCCUAUUGACGGGUUGCUUAGCUUCUGAAAAUGAAAAGGCGAAGUCUUGGCAAGGAAAGGCGACUGUGCACAACCUGAAGGAGAUUAUAAUUGGCAGAUGCUACAACUAUAUCAGAGUAAUUAAUCCUACUGUCGGAGAGAAGAACUGCACAGCAAUCUGGGAAGCAUUUCAAAAAGCCUUUGUUUAUAAAGACCCAUGCAACAUCAGUCCUACUAACUAUGAGACUUUUAUCAGGUUGGCAUUUCACAAGAUCCCCCGAAAUGAGGCAUUAUUCUGGGAAAACACCAAACUUCUUGUGCACCGGUAUUCUGAUAAAACGAAAAGAAUGAUGCCUUUGGGUGACACUCUGACUGGAUAUUUGGCAGAUGAUUUGGACUGGUGUGGACAGCUUGAGGCUCCAGGGAUCAAUUUUCAAUCCUGUCCCACUACAACUGAAUGUGAAAAUAACCCAGUGAAUUCCUUUUGGGUAAUAGCAUCUGAAUCUUAUGCGAAGGGGGCGGAGGGAAUUGUGAGCAUGAUGCUGAAUGGCUCAGUUUCUGAUGGAACCUUUCCAAAGGAUGGAUUUUUUGCAAAAUUUGAGCUUCCCAAUUGGAAUAAAACCAGCAUUUCUCAAGUACUUAUCUGGGUCAUGGACAGCAUUGAAGGUCCUGAUAGAGAAUCGUGUGGGACAGGCACUGUGGGACAGCUUGAGGAUAUACUGAGAAGUCAAAAUUUUGACUACUCUUGCACCGAUAAUGUCAGGACUAUUCGCACCCUACAAUGUGUAGACUACCCAAAUGAUCCAGCCUGCAGUUGUAUAUUGCAACAAGAUGAUUCUAUUUAAUGCGAAGGACAUCUGUCUUCAUUUGAAGCUAUUUUUCAGAACCUCUCAUAAUCAAUUGUGUUGUGUGCUUUACAUGCACAGUAA